CGGUCCACCGUCAGCCUGCCGCCGUUCCGUGCCGCGGAUCUUAUGGCUGACGCCGCAGCCUCCAGCAGAGACGCGGUGCGGCUGCAGCUCCGCUCCCGCCGCCGUCCGGACGCCCUCCCCGGCGGCUGCUCGCCCCCCUCCGGGCGGAAGCUGCGGGUCCGCGGAGUCCUCUGAGAGCCAUGCGUCUUGUCCCGCAGCUGCCAGGCAGGUCCUCCCUCCCGCCGCCGCCGCCGCCGGGCGGGCGUCGCAGGUACCGGGGAGCGUCGGUCCGCUCGGCCCCGCCGCCGGACCCGGAUUCAGCCUGAAGCCGCUGCGAGCUGGACGAAGAGGGUCCGCUUCCCGGAGCGGGCACUGUCUGCACACACACACACACACACACACACACACACACACACACACACACACACACACACACACACACUCCGCUCAGUGAGUCCGGACUGACUGCUGCCUGCAGGAUCCGCGUCCCUCCCUGCUGCCGGAUGUGAAGCUCUGCAGCCUUCCUGCUGCAGGUGGGGAUCCUGGGACACAGCGGACCCCGGAGCGUCCCAGCACUCUGCCACCAGUCCUCAUCAUGAGACAGUGAAGCUUCAGAACCUCCAAAUCCAGGACCCUCUUUCUGCAGGGACCCCCACCUGCCAGGACCCCAGAUCAGCUGACCACUGUCCUCCUGCCAGGACCCCCGGACCACUGUCCUCCUGCCAGGACCCCCGGACCACUGUCCUCCUGCCAGGACCCCCGGACCACUGUCCUCCUGCCAGGACCCCCGGACCACUGUCCUCCUGCCAGGACCCCCGAAUCGUCCUACAGUCCAUUACUGGAUCCGUCAAUCUGCUCCUGCAAGCAGUCAUGAUGAGACACUUCUGUACUAAGGAAGCCCCAGCGUUGGGACUGUGGGGGUACUGAAGCCCCAGCGUUGGGACUGUGGGGUACUGAAGCCCCAGCGUUGGGACUGUGGGGGUACUGAAGCCCCAGCGUUGGGACUGUGGGGUACUGAAGCCCAGUGUUGGGACUGUGGGGUACUGAAGCCCCAGCGUUGGGACUGUGGGGUACUGAAGCCCAGCGUUGGGACUGUGGGGUACUGAAGCCUCAGCGUUGGGACUGUGGGGUACUGAAGCCUCAGCGUUGGGACUGUGGGGUACUGAAGCCUCAGCGUUGGGACUGUGGGGUACUGAAGCCCAGCAUUAGGACUGUGGGGGUACUGAAGCCCAGCGUUGGGACUGUGGGGGUACUGAAGCCCAGUGUUGGGACUGUGGGGGUACUGAAGCCUCAGCGUUGGGACUGUGGGGGUACUGAAGCCUCAGCGUUGGGACUGUGGGGGUACUGAAGGCCAGCGUUGGGACUGUGGGGGUACUGAAGCCCAGCAUUAGGACUGUGGGGGUACUGAAGCCCAGCAUUAGGACUGUGGGGGUACUGAAGCCCAGCGUUGGGACUGUGGGGGUACUGAAGCCCAGUUUUGGGACUGUGGGGGUACUGAAGCCCAGCGUUGGGACUGUGGGGGUACUGAAGCCCAGCAUUAGGACUGUGGGGGUACUGAAGCGGAGGUGUGGUCUGCUCACACUACUGGAACUCGUGGGUCACUCCCAGGACUGACGCCGAUGGGGGGAAUUCUUGUCUUUGGCUGAAACGUCCCGUUUAUGUUCAGACAUCUAAUCCCAGACUUGGGUAUUUUGCAUGAAGCCCCGCCCCCCCCGAGGGCACCCCCCCACCCAGCCCUCCUGGUGGGGGCGCUGUUGAACCAUGCAGUGAGGACCUCUGUGAGAGCCUUAGAGAGUCAAGUUUCCCUCGAGCCAUGCCCAUCAGGAAGAAAGACACAGCUCGAGCCCUGGGGCUCCUGGAGGAGUUCUGCUCGGAGCUGAAGACGCCGGAGGAGCAGCAGCUGAAGACCGCCGUCCACCGAGUGAUGAGCGUCUUCCAGAGCCGCCUGUUUGACGCCCUGCUGGACAUCCAGGAGUUCUACGAGGCGACGCUGCUGAACAGCCAGAAGAGCUGCGACCAGAAGCUGCAGGAGACCAACAGCAUGGCCAGCAGGUGGCAGCAGAGCCUCUCCGCCCACAACUCCACCUGCUCAGUGGAUGAGCAGAGGGAGCCCAGCAGCUCGGAGCCCAGCAGGGAGCCAGCGGAGAGCAGCAGGAUCUCUCCG